GCGAGCCGCUGCCGGGAGCCGAGGCGAGCGGGGCGAGCUCGGAGUCCGCGCCAUGGACACAGUGACCUAUGAGGAUGUGCAUGUGAGCUUCACUCAUGAAGAGUGGAGUUUGCUGGAUCCUUCCCAGAAGAGUCUCUACAGAGAUGUGAUGCUGGAGACCUACUGGAACCUCACUGCAAUAGGUUACAAAUUGGAAGACCAGAAUAUUGAAGAAUACUGUCAAAGUUCCAGAAGACAUGGAAGCUACAACAUCUGUCACUGUGGAUACAAGCCUUGUGAGCAUAAAGGAUAUGGAAAGAAGCAGUGUGCCUUUACACUGGACAGUUUUCUUCAAACAUAUGAAAGAAUCCAUAGUGAAGAAAAACCCUAUGAAUGUAAUCAAUGCAAUAAAAUCUUUGCAAAUUUCCGUAGUCUUCGAAAACAUGAAAAAAGUCAUAUUAGAGAAAAACCCUAUGAAUGUAAUCACUGUGGUAACACUUUUCCAAGUCCCAGUUCUCUACAGAUCCACAUAAGAACUCAUACGGGAGAAAAACCAUAUGAUUGUGACAAAUGUGGGAAAGCCUUUGGAUGUAGCAGUCAUCUUCAAAUACACAAAAGAAGUCAUGUGGGAGAGAAACCUUAUGUUUGCAAUGAAUGUGGUAAAGCAUUUGCACUUCGCAGUAAUCUUCAAAGACACAAAAGAAGUCAUACAGGAGAGAAACCCUAUGAUUGCAAUGAAUGUGGUAAAGCCUUUACAAGUCGCAGUAAUCUUCAAAUACACAAAAGAACUCACACGGGAGAGAAACCCUAUGAUUGCAAGGAAUGUGGUAAAGCCUUUGCAACUCGCUGUCGUCUUCAAAAACAUGAAAGAACUCACACUGGGGAGAAACCUUAUCAAUGUAAUCAGUGUGGUAAAGCCUUUACAGGCCACAGUCAUCUUCAAAUACAUGAAAGAAGUCACACUGGAGAGAAACCCUAUGAAUGUUCUCAAUGUGGUAAAGCCUUUGCACAGAAUGGUGAUCUUCACAGGCAUGAAAGAAUUCAUACUGGAGAGAAACCCUAUGGAUGUAAUCAGUGUGGUAAAGCCUUCGCAAGUCGUAGUAAUCUUCGAAAUCAUGAAGAACAUCAUACUCUUGAGAAACCCUAUGAAUGUACUCACUGUGGUAAAGCCUUUGCGUAUUGCAGUAAUCUUUAUAUACAUGAAAGAAUUCAUAAGGGAGAGAGACCCUAUAAAUGUAAUCAAUGUGGUAAAGCCUUUGCACGUUCCAGUUAUCUUCAUAUCCAUGAAAGAAUUCAUGCUGGAGAGAAACCCCAUGAGUGUAGUCAAUGUGGAAAAGCAUUUUUAUUUCCCAGUAGUCUUCAAAUACAUGAAAGAACUCACACUGGAGAUAAACCUUAUAAUUGUACUCAAUGUGGUAAAGCCUUUGCACGCCGCAGUCUUCUUCAAGUACAUGAAAGAAGUCAUAGUGGAGAGAAACCUUAUGUGUGUAAUCAUUGCAGUAAAGCCUUUGUGUGUCGCAGUAGUCUUCGAAUACAUGAGCGAUCUCACACUGGUGAGAAACCUUAUGAAUGUAAUCAGUGUGAUAAAGCUUUUGCAAGUCGUAGUAGUCUUCGAAAUCAUGAAAAACAUCAUACUGGAGAGAAACCCUAUGAUUGUAAUGAAUGUGGUAAAGCAUUUUCAUGUCACAGUAAUCUUUAUAGACACAAAAGAACUCAUACGGGAGAGAAACCCUAUAAUUGCAAUGAGUGUGGUAAAACAUUCGCAUGUCGCAGUAAUCUUCAAAGACACAAAAGAACUCAUACAGGAGAGAAACCCUAUGAUUGCAAUGAGUGUGGUAAAGCCUUUGCAUACAGCAGUGUUCUUCACAAACAUGAAAGAAGUCAUACUAGAGAAAAAUUCUAUGAGUGUGAUCAAUGUGGUAAAACUUUCGCACGUCAUAGAGGUCUUCAGAAUCAUAAAGAACAUCAUACUCUUGAGAAACCAUAUGAAUGUACUCAAUGUGGUAAAGCCUUUGCAUAUUGGAAUAAUCUUUCUAUACAUGAAAGAAGUCAUACUGUAGAGAAACCCUAUGAAUGUGAGCACUGUGAUAAAGCCUUUCCAAGUCACAGUUCUCUUCAAAUACACGAAAGAACUCAUACGGGAGAGAAACCCUAUCUUUGCAACGAUUGUGGUAAAGCAUUUGCAUGUCGCAGUAAUCUUCUAAUACACAAAAGAACUCAUACUGGAGAGAAACCCUAUGAUUGUAAUGAGUGUGGCAAAGCCUUUGCAUGUCGUAGCAGUCUUCAAAAACAUGAAAGAACUCACACUGGAGAGAAACCUUAUAAAUGUACUCAGUGCAGUAAAGCCUUUGCACGUCGCAGUGAUCUUCAUAUACAUGAAAGAAGUCACACUGGAGAGAAACCCUAUGAGUGUAAUCAGUGUGGAAAAGCGUUUUUACAUUGCAUUAGUCUUCAGAGGCAUGAACGAACUCACACUGGAGAGAAACCUUAUAAAUGUAAUCAAUGCAGUAAAGCCUUUACACGUCACUUUAGUCUUCAAAUACAUAAAAGAAGUCAUAGUGGAGAGAAACCCUAUGAAUGUAAUCAAUGUGGUAAAGCCUUUGCAAGUCGUAGUAGCAUUCGAAAUCAUGAAAAGCAUCAUACUGUUGAGAAACCUAAUUAAUGUAAUCACUGUGGCAAAGCCUGUGCAUGUCCUGUCAUCUUUAAAUGCGUAAAAGAAAUCAUACUGGAAAGAAUCUCUGAGUGUAGUCAAUGUAGACAAGGCUUUGUAUGUCACAGUAGUCUUCGUUAUCACAAAAAUGUCAUACUGGAGAGAAACCCUUUGAAGGUAAUUGAUGCAGUAAGCUUUGGUACAUAAGUGUACUCUUCAGACACAUCAAAGAACUCACACUUGAGAGAAACCCUAAGAAUGUAAUCACUGUGAUGAUGUCUCUGCAUGUUACAGAGCCAUAAAAGAAUUCCUACUCAGAGAAACACCUUGAAUCUAAUAAAUGCAGGAAAGCCUUGCACACCAAGCACAUUUUUCCCACUGAACCACCUCACUGGGGUUUAUGUAAAAUCAGUAGAGCCAUUUCAUCAUUAAAAUAUUGUUUGUAAAGUAUUGUAAUUUAUUUAUAAAUUAUCAUCUAAGGAUAGGGGAACACCGUAAUUAAUAAAACCUAUUUGCAAAAGAAAAUGACUUUAUACUAACAUCAUUUUAUGGGUUACAUUUGUUUAUUCUGAGGAAUUAAUACUUGUUCUUAACACUUCCUCAGAAACACAGUGAAUGGGAAAGAAUUGUCUCAGUGGGUAAAGGCGGCUGCUGCUAAGCCAGGUGACCUGAGUUUAUAUGUAAUAUGGAGACCCGCAUUACUCAGACAAGUUUUUCUCUGAUUACUACACCUGGGCUGUCACAUAUGCACACACUAGCCAACACAUACGUACAUAUUUUUGAAACUUGAAUAAGGGACAAUGAGUUCACUUAUCAGUUGAAGGUACUUGCUGCAAAACUUAACUACCUGAGUUUGAUCUUUAGAACUCUUCUAGGAGAACUAGGGAAUAGAUACCCAUAAAUUGUCUUCUGAUGGCAUGUGCACAACACAGCACAGGUAUAUACACACAGGUAAAAUGUAUUAAAGAUGAAAUUAAAACAAACCAAAAUAUUGCUAAUAUAAGAAACUAUUUACCAGUCAUAAUUAAUGUAUUUUAGUAUUCC